GAGAGGCGGGGUUUAUUUUCUUCUCUCUUCCCCCAGUCCCCUCUUCGGAAGCGGACAGUCGCUGUCUCCUUUCCCCAACUUUAUUUUUAUAUUUUACAGUAAGGCCCCCAAUGGAAGCCAAGAUGGACGACUAAGCGAAAACGCGGGUCCCCGAUUUCCCCGACUUUAUUUAUCUCGGAACUGAGUGGACCGGAUGAAAUCCAACCGUGGUUUUCUCCGCUUCGCAGGGGAGGUAGCUGUAUCCAGUGGGGAGGAAGGCUUAACCAGGGUGAGAAGGAAUGAAGUUCUCCGAACCCUGGGGAGUCCACAGACUGGCUUUUCUUCUCGAAAAGGCCAUGUCUAGGGAAGCCAAGAUGUGGAGGGUCUAUGUGCCAAAGAAGCCCUCCUCACAGGAUACAGAUAUCUCCCCGACUCAGCGGGACAAGGCCGUGUGCUGGCUGACAGAGCUCCAUGACAGACUGCUGCUGUACCCGGAGACUUUGGUGUUAGCUGUUAGCAUUCUGGAUCGCUUCCUGGCUUCCAUCAAGGCUCGUCCAAAGUACCUCCGUUGCAUUGCUAUUGCCUCCUUCUUCCUGGCUAUCAAGACCUGUGAGGAGGAUGAGUGUGUGCCCUCCCUGAGGGAGUUGGUUGUGUCCAGCAGCUGUGGCUGUUCGCCAUCCGAAAUCCUGAGGAUGGAAAGAAUCAUCCUUGACAAACUCAACUGGGAUCUUCACAGCGCCACACCGUUGGACUUCCUGCAUAUUUUCCAUGCAAUGGUGUUGUCAUGUUGUUCUGGGUUUUUGGACUCGUUGCUGGGACUGAACCGCUCUCAGCAUCUUGCCCUGCUCACACGACGACUUUACCGCUGUUUGGCUGACCACUCGCUCAUUCAGCUGAGAGGAUCCAUGCUGGCCUUGGCCCUCAUCACUCUGGAGCUGGAGAGCUGCUGCCCCGACUGGCUGGCCGUCACCAUCGAACUGCUCAGGAAGGCGCAGAUCGACACCUCAGAUUUGAUUCAAAGUCGAGAACUGGUUGCGAGUAGUCUUUGCGCGCCUCGGGCUUCCCUGCCUUCAAACACCGUCUACAUCUACCACCCACUUCGGAGCCAAACCAACUUGCAGCCUCCAGCCCAGGACUCUCUGGGGAGCAUCACUUCCUCUGUUGAGUCUUCCACGCCAGCGGCCGGAGAAGAGGAGGGGCACCAGCAGCGCUUCAGCACCACCCUGUCCACCCCCAACCGCGACAACUUGAUGGCACUCCUCUCUCCUUCCAAACCGUCGGGUCACCUCAACCGCCUGCACAAAGUCACCAUGCGCUGCAAGGCCUCAACAAAGCGCAAGGUGGAGGAGAUGGAGGUGGACGACUUCUACGAUGGGAUCAAGCGCCUGUACAACGAAGACGGUGUCAUGACUGCCGCCAUCCAAGAGGGGGCAGCACCUGCCAUGGGGACCGUAACACCAGCAAGUGCAGAGGGAGGCCUCAGGAGCCUGACGUCACAACAGGAAGGCAGCUCCUCCCCCUGCCCUCCAUUGCAGUCAAUCUGUGCCUCGUAGAAAGCGCUCCCAACUGUGCUCAUCGCAAACAACCUCCUUCCGAUCUUUUAAACCAAAAAAGCAAUCAAGUUAUUCAUGUCCAAAAGCCUCGAACAGCAAAUGUUGGAUAAAAUUCUCCAAUCAUAUUCAGCCACUGAAAUGAUGUUUGACUUCGACCUCCAUGGUUUAGUUGGUUUGGAUGAGCACAAUCCGUCCCCCAAAUUGCUUCAGGUGUCUUGAGCUCAGCUCCCGUCAGCCCCUUCAACCAGUAAACAGAGUCCCCCCCCCCCAAAAAAAAAUAAUAUAAAAAAACUGCUGCUAUUACUGUUAUACUUACAAUUGUUUGACAUAAUAUAAACAACUAAAAUCAUAAAUUUUAACAAAAAAAAGUUAACCUAAAAAUACUUAAAAGUAUCCUCUACUCUCUUGUGUUUGUCAAUUUUUAUUUGUUUUCUCCUUCAAUUUGUCAUGGUUUUACUCUCCUCUGCUCUCUUCCUUUCUACAAGUGUGUCACAAUCCAACUUUUGAAUGUUUCUGUGGGGUCACUGAACUUCUCACUCGUAAUGAGAACAUUACAAGAUUUAGCAAAGAUCACAUAGACAUGAAAUGCGAAAGAAGUCCCCCUUGUCUUGUUUUGCCUCUCAGCUUGUUGAGGCGGCCUAAUUGAAUGAAGGUUUCUCAAGCUGCUUUGUUGAUGCUUUGGGUUUUAAGAUGAAAUUAUCAAUCUAAUGGGGAAAAAAAUAUAAACAUAUUGAUCACAAUUGAAACAACUGCAGCAAGCGUUAAAGAGUAUCUUGAACCACAAAAACUCAAAGCAUUCCAAAUGUAACUUGAGAAGCCAGUUGUGCAUUGCAAAACUACAAAUGUCUGAACAUGUUCUCAUCGGAUUAGAAUGUGUGUAUAUGAAAGAGUUAUUUUGGCUACUGCUGACCAGAUCAAUUUAUAAAAUAAGUUAAUAUAUUGUGUCGAAAAUACAAGGGCAUUUUCAAAAGAAGCAUCUGAAAUAUGUGCGCUUCUGUCUGAACUGAACACUCGGGCAAAACCAAAUGAGUGAUGUUCGUCACGACCUGCUCUGAUUUGAAUCUGUAUGUUAUAUUCUUGCAAAAAACUCUGUUUAACUUGCUGGAAGGGCCUGCUGGAUGCUGAACAAGGUACCCGAAUGCACAGGAAAAUAAAGCGUGACAACUGAGAA